AUGGACGAGCUUGCUCAGAAGUGGAAAAAGCUGUCUCUCACUAACGUAGAGGGGAGAAGAGUUGAUUUAUCGAAGAAGAAGAAAGCAGGUAGUCAUGUAGUGGCAGCAAAAUUCCUAACGCGUCGGAAUAUUAAUAUUGAGGUUGUAGCUCGCACCUUCCGACCAAUAUGGAGAACAAGAGAUAAUUUUGAGAUCAAUGAUGCGGGUGGAAACGUGAUUCUUUUUUAUUUUGAACUGGAGGUUGAUGCUGUGAAGGUGUUGAUGGGUGAACCUUGGGCUUUUGAUAGGCAUCUAGUAGUCAUGGAGCGGUAUGAUAGCUCAGUACCGAUUCAAGAUUUGAAGUUCAGUUCAACGUCCUUCUGGGUGCAGAUACAUGAACUCCCAUUCUCCUUUAUGUCAAUGGAGGUUGCUAUCAGCAUAGGGGAGUCCAUUGGAGAUGUAAUACCUACGAAGGAUUCAUCAGAGUUGAAAGGUAGUAAUUACAUGCGUAUAAGGGUUGUUAUUGAUAUCACGAAGCCGCUGUGCAGGGGACGUAGAGUCACAUGGGACCAGGAUUCAGAUGGCUGGGUAUCGUUCAAAUAUGAGCGAUUACCAAACCUCUGUUACUGGUGUGGAAGUUUAUGCCAUGAUGAUAAAGAAUGUAUCCUCUGGCUUCAGAGUAAUGGGACUUUAUCAGUGGAGGAUCAACAGUUUGGACCAUGGAUUCGGGCUACUCAACUGAAUUAG